AUGUCAUACCUGGAUUGUCUAACUAUACGUUCAUCAGCUGAAUACUCUGAUGACCCAAGUCAUCAAGAGUUAGAGGUGCUCAAGACUAUCUAUGGUGAUAGCUUUGUCCAACUAGAUGACUACACAUUCAAUUUACGACUAUCAGUCAACUUGCAAGAUGGCUUCACUGUUUCAAUCAGGAAUGACUUGGGACAUCCAGACACACAGACUACCUCCACCACAUCCACGACUACAACAACAACCACAACAAAUACAACCGCGGCAGCAGCUGGAAAGAAGAAGGCAGAUGAGCCAAAUAAGUACUCGAUCGUUGGAUUGCCAGUGGUGUCAUUGGGCUGGCAGUACCCUGAUAGUUAUCCAUCAUUCCCACCAUCACUCUUUCUGAGUUGUUGUUGGAUGACACCGGCAGACAUGGAUCGCGUCAUAAAGAAGAUAUACUCAAUGUGGGAAGAGGGCGAGUUGGUCAUGUUCAAGUACGCCGAAUGGAUACGCGACGAGCUCAUGCCAUUCCUCUGCCAGGGCGGCGAGGACAACGAGUACCUACUCUCAAACAAGCCAAUCACAAUAAGACAUCCCGAAGAUGAUGACGAUGUCGACGUCGCCACCAUCGACGAGUCUGUCGACUCGGCCUCCAAGUCGGUGUAUUGGGAGCACCAGGAGGGCUGGAGCUCCCUGGCCAGUGCACUGCCGUCGCUGCUGCAGUUCAACCGCCACGAGGCCAAGCAGCGCUUCCUGCAGACUUACCACACCUGCCCCGUGUGCUUUGAUGAGCUGCCUGGCGCAGAGUUCAACUUGCUGGCGUGCGGACACCACCUGUGCACGGGAUGCACCAAGCAGAUCUGCCUGAUCAACACAGACUCGGGCGACAUCCAACACAUCAGAUGCACAGAGCACAAUUGCAAUCAGCCACUCGAUCAACAGGUCAUCAAGCAGUACUUGGGCGCCGAGGCAUACGCAGCCUACGAGAAGAUGAUGUCCAUGUUCAAGGGCUACCGCGAGUGUCUGCGAUGCCACGCGUUCACCGCGCGAUUCGACAAGAUCGCAGUGUCUUUCUGGUGCGAGACUUGCACAUACUCCUCGUGCCCGCUGUGCUCAAGGAGCUGGCAUCCUGGUGUGCCAUGUAACUACCAGCCACCCAAGCGCGAGAUCAACGUCGAGGAGAGCCGCCCAUCAAUGAACCUUGACAACUUUGUCACGCGCCAGAUCAAAGAGACUGUGGGCAUAAUCGAGGGCGACACAGGCAAGUACCUGGCGGAGACCAACAGCAGAAUGUGUCCAAACUGCGGCGUCAUCGUCACCAAGGUGGAGGGUUGCAACAAGGUGGUGUGCGCACUGUGCAAGAAGUACUUCUGUUGGAAGUGCCUCAGCAUCAUCGAUGGAUACAGCCACUUUGGCGGAGAUUGUGGCACGUUUGAGACCACCACGGCGAUGAGCAAUGGUCAGCUAGUGGGCGUGUGGAGUGCUCGAUUGAUGCGCGAGAAGAAUAAGUUGCGCGAAGCCUUUGCCAAGGAGUUCCGUGAAAAGGUCAAACUGAUGCCCGCCGUUCUAAAGUGUGUCAACUGCAAGACAUUGAUAGGACGCACCAACAACAACAAUCAUCUGAAAUGCUACAACUGCAGCACACAGAUGUGUUACAUGUGCAAGCAGGCCAUCCAGGGUACCAAACACUAUUCAACCUCAGGAUGCAAACAACAUGGCGAUCAAUAG